CACUUAAAUAAUUAUUAAUUUAUAAAAAUAAUAAUAAAAUAGUGUUAAAGUUAGUUGAAACGUUAGUGUGUGUAUGCGUGUUUACCAACGCAUUACAUGUGCAUAAGUGUGUGCUGCAUACAAAUACAAAUACCAGUGAUAUAAGCAUAGUACAAAACAGCUCGAAUACAAUACACGAUUCCAAUCUGCCGCCGCAGACAAAGGAUAGUUAAGAAACGCAAAUACAGUCACGACUCGACGAUGUCAACCGGAAGACCCAUAAAAUGUGUCGUCGUUGGUGACGGUACCGUCGGAAAGACUUGCAUGCUAAUCUCCUACACAACAGACAGUUUUCCCGGUGAAUAUGUGCCUACAGUCUUCGAUAACUACUCCGCACCCAUGCAAGUGGAUACAAUACAAGUGUCACUCGGCCUAUGGGAUACAGCCGGUCAAGAGGACUAUGAUCGGUUGAGGCCGCUCUCCUAUCCACAGACAGAUGUCUUCCUGAUAUGCUACAGCGUUGCGAGCCCCUCAUCGUUCGAAAAUGUCACCUCCAAAUGGUAUCCAGAGAUCAAGCAUCAUUGCCCAGACGCGCCCAUCAUAUUAGUGGGCACCAAAAUCGAUUUGCGUGACGAUCGCGAGACAUUGAGCGGCCUGGCCGAGCAGGGGUUGACGCCGCUUAAGCGCGAACAAGGCCAGAAGCUUGCGAACAAAAUACGCGCUGUGAAAUACAUGGAGUGCUCCGCCCUGACACAGCGCGGACUCAAGCAAGUGUUCGAGGAGGCGGUGCGCGCGGUGCUGAAGCCGGAGCCGUUAAAGCGACGCCAGCGAAAGUGUUUAGUUAUGUAAAUAAGCAGCGGAAAUCGGCAUCAGAGAAUACUCAGAACCAGCAGAGAGAACAAACACACAGAUAAAAUGGAACGCCCUUACGUAUCUCUACCUAAGCGUGAACAAAUCAACAACAAAUCACAACUUGCGCACUUGAUUCAUUGAGCAUUAUCAUUUUUUUACUCUGUAAUUUUGAAUAUGUAUAAGUUUAAAUAUUAUUUGCAUAAUUCACUGAGAACCGCAUGGCACAAAAGAAAACACAAUACGACUCCCUCCCAUUAGAAAACUAAAAGUAAUUAACAUAAAAAAAGCAGCAGCACUUAAACCAUAAUUCAAAAGCAGCUACACCCAUAUUGAAAUCUAGUCAAUUGAAUCGAAUGUAUUGUACUAAUUUUAAUCAAGAGCAGCAGCAAAUAACUAAAAGAAAAAACCAGAAACCAACGAAACAUUGGUUUCGCAUAUCAGUGCUAAAGUAUAGAGAACAAUAUCUAAGCAAUUCCUAAUUUGUUUAUUAAAUGUAUUAUAAUUAUAAUGUAGCCCAGGCGUUUCCUAAUUUUCAACAAUAGCCAAAACACUUGACGAUGAGCUCUUAGAGAAAACAAAAAAAAACAAAUAUAAUUAAAUAAAACGCGUUUAUACAUUAGCUAAGACUUUUUUUCAAAUUACUUGUAAUAAUCUCAAUUAACUGACGCUCAUUUGAAAUUGUCUUUUCAAAUUGUAACAACUGUUGUUUCUUAUUUUAUAAUAACUUAUUUAUUGUCCCUAACUUUAAUAUUGAAAUGUAAAAAAAAACUUUUACGGCUUAAGUAUAGCGAAAAGUGUAUAUGGAAAACGGAUAUGGAAAUGGCAUGGCAAAACUGCAUUUAAAUGUGACUUGACUCGAAUCAAAAAAAAAAAAAAAAAAA